AUGCUACAAAUACUUGUUCUUGCUGCUUUGUGCUUUGAAGCUCACGCUGGUAUUACGCUGAAGGAAUGUUUAGACAAAGAGGAAAAAUUCUCAGAGGAGGCACUUGAUUGCGACGACAUAGUUCCAGAAUCAGUAUGUGAAAAACUUUUCGCUCCUGCAGGUGGUGAAGCCAAGGCUAUAGUGGGUAAAAAUGAUAAUGACAGGCCUAAAAAUUGCUAUUCGGACGGUACAAAUCAAAGUGACGAUUUUAUCAAGGCCGCCACGAAAACAUGCCCAAAAUAUUGUGGUCUGUGCUGCAAAACAGCCAAAUUCGACUGUAAGGAUGAUGAAACGUUCGACUGCGACAAGGUGAAGAAAGCAAAUCAGUGCAAGGACCCGUGGAAAUCGCAGCUGAAUUUGGUAGAUAAGUGUCCAAAAACGUGUGGUCUGUGCGAAGAAAAGAACGGAGACUGCCAAGAUAAAGAGCCAAAUUGCGACGAGACUCAGUGUAAAAACUCAGAUUUCCAGGCAGCAAUGAAGGUAAAUUGCAAAAAGACCUGCAAUUUUUGUGACGAGCAAACAACCGCAGCUGCUGACACUACUGCACCGGCAGAAACGACUACAGUGGCUGAGGAGACGACAGCAUCAGCAACAACAGAACCUACCACUACUCCCCCUUGCGGAAAUGACCCGAGAUGUGCUAAAUGGGUACAGAAUGGGUUCUGCACGAAUACCCUCUAUCCCGAAGACUACAAAAUCAAGUACUGCGGAAAAGCAUGCGGAAAAUGCUAAUCGCAGAGUCGUUAUAAAUCAACAACUCCUUCAUUGGUCGGUGUUGCUUUUGCUCCAAUAAAC